AUGAAGAUUCGACUCUUUCCUAACCUAGCAACUGAAUGCUCCCUGUGGCUCUUGUUAAAAGAGGGAAGAGAAUCCCGGAAAUUGGUUUUACUGGUUGUGUUUGUGGCUCUGCUAGUAGACAAUAUGCUUUUCACAGUUGUGGUGCCAAUCAUCCCUUCAUUUCUAUAUGACACACAUCAAAUUGUCAGCCACUCUGCAAUUCGGGCCACACUUCCAAGGGUUCCUGUGCCUUUCUCAGCUGAUCCCUCUACUUUGGGCUUGUUGGACUAUAACAACAUCACAAUGACAGUCUCAAGCUAUGACACUCUUGCCAGUGCCAAUGGGAGCCAAGAAGGAACAGUUGCCUCCCCUUUCCCCAUGGAUGCUUUGAACCAUAGUUGUACAGAUGGAACGGACUCUCUUUCAAAUGAAAAUGUUCGCGUUGGGCUGCUCUUUGCCUCAAAAGCUUUAAUGCAACUCAUAGCAAAUCCCUUUGUGGGACCCUUGACCAACAGGAUAGGAUACCAUAUCCCCAUGUUUCUUGGAUUUGUUAUUAUGUUCGUCUCUACACUAUUUUUUGCUUUUUCAAGGAGUUACACCUUGAUGUUCAUCGCUCGAGCGCUGCAAGGCUUUGGUUCUUCCUGCUCAUCUGUUGCAGGUCUGGGGAUGCUUGCAAGUGUGUACCCCGAUGACUGUGAGAGGGGAAAUGCAAUGGGAAUAGCAUUGGGAGGUCUGGCUUUGGGAGUGCUGAUGGGAGCCCCAUUUGGAGGUGUGAUGUAUGUGUUUGUUGGGAAAUCAUCUCCUUUUCUGAUCCUGGCAGUCUUGGCUCUCUUAGAUGGAGCUUUGCAGCUUUGUAUCCUGCAUCCAACAAAGAUUUCACCCGAGAGUAUCAAAGGAACCUCCUUGUUGACCUUGUUGUGGGAUCCCUACAUUUUGAUUGCAGCAGGUUCAAUUUGCUUUGGAAACAUGGGAGUUGCUAUUUUAGAGGCUACGUUGCCCAUUUGGAUGAUACAAACCAUGUGCUCCCCAGAAUGGCAACUUGGGGUAGCUUUUCUGCCUGCCAGUAUCUCUUAUCUAAUUGGGACCAAUCUCUUUGGGAUAUUGGCCAAUAAAAUGGGGCGCUGGCUGUGUUCAUUGAUUGGGAUGAUGGUCAUAGGAGUCAGCCUCCUCUGUAUUCCCCUGGCACAUAAUAUCUAUGGACUCAUUGGACCUAACAUUGGACUUGGCUUUGCCCUUGGCAUGGUGGAUUCAUCAAUGAUGCCUAUCAUGGGAUACUUGGUGGAUCUUCGCCAUACUUCUGUUUAUGGUAGCGUCUAUGCCAUUGCUGAUGUGGCUUUCUGUCUGGGCUUUGCUAUUGGUCCUUCCACAGGGGGUGCUCUCGUACAAGUCAUUGGCUUCCCUUGGCUCAUGGCCAUCAUUGCAGGGAUCAACAUCGCUUAUGCGCCUCUGUGUUGGUUUCUUCGAAGCCCCCCAGCCAAAGAGGAGAAGAUUGCAAUUCUAAGCCAGGAGUGUUCCAUACAGCCCAGAAGUUCCAUCACUCAAAAGACUCUUCAAGAAUUCCCACUCACAGACAUCAGUGAUGAAGAAAAUGAGACUGAUUUUUAA